AUGAAGAGGGUCGCAGUGCUCUCCGUGGCAUAUCUGCUGGGUGCUGCGGCAAGCGAUGCCGCGCCCAAGCAGUACCCAGUUACGAAGGUUGUGAACCUGCUCAAAGACAUGCAGAAGAAGCUCGAGGAGGAAGCAGAGAAGGAUGAGGAAGUCGACGAGAAGAUGAAGUGUUGGUGCAAGGAGACUGAGCAAUCAAAGACGGAGAGCAUUGCCAAGAUCCAGUCAGAAAUGUCCAACCUGGGUGGCCUCAUUGAGACAUCCGCAGCAGACAGCGCCCGGCUGGUGUCAGAGCUCUCUGGACACGAAGAGGACUUGGCCUCAAGCCAGACCUCCCUCGGCGCGGCGGAAGCCCAGCGCGAAAAGCAGCUGAACAGCUAUGAGGAUGAAGUGAAGGAGAUGCAGGAGUCGCUGACGGGAGUGAAUGGGGCGCUUGACACCCUGUCCAAGAAGACGUCCUUUCUCUCAACUUCUGCAUCUGCCACUGCCGCCAAGAACGAAGCCAUGGAGCUUGUGAAAAAGCUGCAGCAGAAGCACUCCAAUCUGCUGAUGGGUGCGAUGACAAAACGGCAGAGGAAACUGAUGCUUGCCAUGACCUCCAAGCGCCUUGCCGUGGACGACGGCAUGGAGGGUCCAGUGACAGGAGAAGUCAUGGGCGUUCUGUCAAACAUGAAGGACACCUUCGAGACGAACCUUAACCGAACCCGGGCAGAGGAGGCCGAGAGCUCGCAGACUUUCCAGGCCCUGCGCAAGGCCAAGGAGACAGAGAUCCAUGCACAGGAGGAGGCCAUUGUGUCCAAAAAGACUCAGAAGGCUGAGGCAGACAAGAAAAAGGCUUGGGCAGCUGAGACGCUGCAAGACUCAGAGGCCAGCCUCUUAUCCGACCAGCAGUUUCUCAAGGAUGCCAAGGAGAAGUGCGCGGCUCACGAAGCCGAAUAUGCAGAGCGCGUGGCUGCACGCAACGAGGAGAUCACAGGCUGCUCGAAGGCUGUGGCUAUCCUCAGCGAUGACUCCGCACGGGACACCUUUAGCCGAACUUUCAACGCCGGUGCUAUGUUCCUACAGGUUGAUACUAGCAAGGAACACCGGGAGACUGCAAGCGAAAUGCUUGCAGAGGCAGCUGCGAAGUCUCAUGACUCCAGGAUUGCGGCCUUGGCGAGGAUGGUGCGAUCAGACUCGCUGGAUGCCGUUAAGAAGGAAAUCGAUAAGUUGACGGCACAGCUCCAUGAAGUGCAGAAGGACGAGGUGAAAUCCAAAGACUCCUGUGUCCAGCGCCUUCACGAGAAUACCAUGGACACCGAGAAGUCAACCGUCGCUAAGACUCAGAGCGACAGCAAGUUGACAGGUCUGCAGGACGCGGUCGCAACAGCGGAAUCCACUGCCAAGACUCUGUCGCUGGAGAUUUCUGACCUGAAGUCGGAGUUAGACACGGCCAAGACUGACAUGGAACUGAGGCAGAAUGAGUCUCAUGCCAUGAUCAGCGACCAAGUCGAGACCCAGAGGCUUCUUACCCGUGCAGCGGAUGUGCUGCACGGCGUCUAUGGAGCUAGCCUGAUCCAGGCUUCGCAGGAGAAGCCUGAAGGCUUCAAAGACUACCAGCGCAACAGUGGCUCCGUGGGGAUCAUCUCCAUGCUCCACCAAAUUAUUGGCGACGCCAAGAUCAUGGAGACCAAAGCAAGAGCAGACUUGAAUGCCUCGCUGGACGACUACGAGCAGUUCAAAGUGGAUGCCUUGGCAGCGAUUUCCACCAAGGAGCGAAGUCUGGUAGACCUGGAUGUGCAGAAGUCCGAAGCAAAUUCGGAUGCCUUGGAGACGAAAAAAGAGGCAUGUACGCCGAAAAGUGAUGCUUUGUGUGUCUCUCUCUCUCUCUCUCUCUCUAUAUACAGAAGAGCAAUUCUCCAAAUGUGA